UAAAGCAAGAUGGAGAUUGGAGAUGCAGCUGCCAGUCCUCCAAUUAUUCUCUGUCCAUCCAUCCUGGCUGAAAGUCUGAAACCUCAAUCUCACCAAAAGCAAAUCUAAAGAUGACCACCAUCAGCAUCCGCAGCAUGAUCCACAUUUCUUUUUUUUUUUGUUUUUUUGCAUCAUGAUCCACGCUAAUAACUCGGAAGGAAGAAAAACUUGCCCACCGGCCGCGGCACCGCCCGGUAGUGGUGUACGGUGUCAAAGACAAAAGGAGGAAAAUGCCGCAAGGAAGCAAGGGAGACUUGCCUAAACUCCAAAUUUACGCCACGUGAGCAGGACGCUAUCCGGUUCACGACUAAAAUGGUCAUUUCACUCAAGGAGAAAAUUGGACCGCGUGAUCCUAUUCCUACUACGGUCAAGUAAUCAUCUCCUCUCUGACUGAAAAGCUUAAACCGAAAACCUUAUCCGGUCCCUUUGAUUUGCCUAAACUAAGCAUAGGAAACUAAUCUUGAUCUUAGAUUGUGCUCUCACUAAUUUCAGCUUCCUAGAAUUUCUCAAUUAAGAACUAACACAUGCAACCCCACAACUCUUCCUUUUCAUCACCUCCACAAAUUUCAUCUCUCCUUCCCUCUCUCAUCCUGUAACUCCGUAUAUUUAUCUAUUUAUCUUCUUCUAAUUCUCUUUUAGAUAAUAGUUAUCUCAAAAAAGAAAAGAUUGGAUUUUUUUUUUCCAAUUGAGUUGAGAAGGCCGAGUCAGCAAGAUGACUCGGCGGUGUUCUCAUUGCAGCAACAAUGGCCAUAACUCCCGGACGUGUCCCACGAGAGGUGGCGGCGGUGGAAGCGGCGGCUGUGCUGGUGGUGGGGUGAAGCUUUUUGGAGUCAGAUUAACAGAUGGGUCCAUCAUGAAGAAGAGUGCCAGCAUGGGAAAUCUAUCCCAUUACCAUUCUUCCUCGUCCGCCGCCGCGUCGCCCAACCGCAGCUCGCCUUCCUCCGACCCCUUUCAUGACCCGGUUCAUUUGCCGGAUGGGUAUCUCUCCGAUGAUCCCAAUGAUGCAUCUUGCUCUGCUAAUCGUAGAGCUGAAAGAAAGAAAGGUGUUCCAUGGACUGAAGAAGAGCACAGGCUCUUCCUUCUCGGUCUUCAGAAGUUGGGCAAAGGUGAUUGGCGCGGUAUCUCCCGCAAUUUUGUGACAUCAAGGACUCCAACACAGGUGGCAAGCCAUGCACAGAAGUAUUUUAUCCGGCAGAGCAAUGCUAAUCGGAGAAAGAGAAGAUCCAGUCUCUUUGACAUGGUUCCUGAUAUGUCUACAGAUCCACUAGCUCCGCCGGAAGAACAAUUUGUGCUCCCACCACAAGUUGUUGAUAGCAGCAAGGAACAACUUGCAAGUCCGCAUCCUCUAGCAAUCGGAGAUGAUAAUGAAAAGUCUUUGCCUUCUUUAGAUCUUUCCCUAAAACAAGAGUAUGAGCCCAUGGAAGCUACCCUCAGUGAAGUAGUUGAAGAAACCGAAGAAAAUGUUAAAUCUCCACCCGAAAUUCCUUCAUUGUUCCCAUCAUUUUUUCCAGCAUUUAUACCUAUUUCAUACCCAUUAUGGCCGUCCAAUAUAGCCCCUCAAGAGGAAGGUAGAGGAGCAGAGGCAUCUCAUCAUCAGAUCCUCAAGCCAAUUCCAGUUAUUCCAAAGGAACCUGUCAAUGUGGAUGAACUUGUGGGCAUGUCUCAGCUUAGCUUAGGUGGUACUAGUUCUGGCCUUGUAGAAUCUUCCCGACUCUCUCUCAAAUUGACAGGGGAGCCAUCAAGGCAAUCGGCAUUUCAUGCAAGCACACCAAUCAAAGGAUCGGGCAUAACCAAGGAUGAAAAUAGUUCAUUUCAAGCAGUAUGAGAUAAAGGGAGCUACUUGAUUAACAUCUUAGCAGAUGCCUUACUCAAGCAUCUGGAAGGAAGCAAGGCCUAUUUUCCUUCAUUUCUGUCCUCAUAGCUUUUGUUGUAUUCCUUAUUUAUCUAAUUUUUUCAAUGUAAUAUAGUGCAGGGCCCCUCCAGGUUUAGGUUAUAGGUUAAGCUAGUGAAAAUUCUGAUUCUUUUUAACUGUAAAUACCAGGAUGUUUAGUACGUGGAGGAUUUGGCAAAUUGCCUGAAAUAAUUUGUCCUGCAUUUCA